AUGUUCCUUUCUAGAUAUACAAAUUCAUCUAAAAUGCUUCACUGCAUCUCAAGGAUGAAUUCUUCAACUUUCAAAAUCCUUAAUGAUAUUCCAACUGAUAACACUGUUCCUCAAUUCACUGUUGGUCGCAAAAAUGGUUUCCUUCCUUGGGGUACUCCUCUGGCACGCCUCCCUGAACCCUUCAAAAUUAUAGACCAAAUUCUUGACGAAGCUCCCUAUUACAAACGUGAUGGUACUCCAGGCUUGUUAGCUACUGGUAGCUUUGGAGAAUAUGUGAGAGAAAAUCUACCUCUCCUUGAUGUUUCCAACAUUAAGGACUCAGCUCUUUUAUUUGCUCUUUAUCGUGAUUAUACUUUUUUGACCAGUUAAUAUCUCCUUGAGCCUUGUCAUCUUCACUAUCUUGCAACUAAAUCCAAAGACUAUGGCCUUGGUCGUAGUAGACUCCCAGCAAAUAUCUCUGUCCCCCUUGUUAGUUUAGCUAAAUAGCUUGAUGCAAAGCCUUUCAUGGAAUACUCUUGUUAUGCCACUUUUAACUGGGAGAAGAUUGAUCCUACAAGUAACUUAGAUCCUUAAAAUAUCAGACUUAUUCGCCAUUUAGAAGGUUCAUAGCACGAAACUGGGUUUGCUGCUGUUCAUAUUGCUAUGGUCUAACAUUCUGGCGAACUUGUAUCAAAUGUUUAAGAUAUUCUUGACUCAGUUGAAAAAAAAGACAGAGAAGAAUUUGAUAUUUGCCUUAAAAAGAUGUUGGAAACCACCAAAAUUAUCAAUGUUAAGAUGGACACUAUGUGGGAAUACUCUUCACCAAAAGCAUUUAAUAAUUUCCGUUCCUAUAUGAUGGGCAUAAAGAGCUAACCAAUGUUCCCUAAAGGUGUUGUUUACGAAGGUGUUUCCAAAGAACCAACAUUUUAUCGUGGAGUAAGUGCUGCUAAUGAUUCUAUAAUCCCUACUAUCGAUAAUCUCUUAGAGCUUACUAAUAAUCUACCUGAUAACAGUUUCACUGAUAUGUUAAGGGAUUUUCGUACCUAUCGCCCAGUAAAUCACAAUGCCUAUUUGAGCUAUGUUGAGGAAAAAGCUAAAUCGAUUGGUGUCCAUGCGUUUGCCACCUUGGAUUCUAACUCCACUGUUCUCUACUAGGCCCUUCUUGAUCAAGUAUCUGAAUUCAGAGAAAGACAUUGGAGAUUCACAAAGAAUUAUAUAUUAAAGCACUCCAAGCAUCCUCGCGCUACUGGCGGCACUCCCAUCAUUACAUGGCUUCCAAAUUAAUUAGCAACAGUUAUGUAAUCUAUAGUUAAUAUUCAAAGCUUUAUAAAAGAAGACAAAUUAAGCCACGAAAACAAGCAAUUAUAUGUAGAACUUACCAAAAAGGCAAAUACUUAGUUGCGUAUAUUAAAUAGAGAAGUAGAAGAACUUAAAAAAGAAUAUCAUGGAUAAGACAUGGACUUCUAAGAAGUCGAAGGAUAAAUGUCUAAAAUAGCACAAAGCUAAUCAGAAACUACUUAUGGAUAAGCAAAAUCAGCAGUGGCUUGA